UUCACGAGGCUCUCUGUUGCGUCGCCUGCGGUGCAACGUUGGGCUUCCUCGUUCGCUCUCAAAGAGCCGCUCGGUUCCGUCAGUUGAGGGUGCCGAGCGGGUGACUUGCAGGGAGCGGUGAGGAUUUAUCCAAGAGGAGUCCACUUCUGAGAGAUUACAGAAGGGGGUGGGGGUGUGUCCCUUGCCUCUUUCCCCCAGGGUGGUGGAUGGGGGCUUCUCCCUCUCUCUCUCGGCCGUGCGAGGCACUGCUGGAAAUGGUGCAUCCUGUGGAAGCGCUCUUGUAGCCGGGCUCUCUCUCUCUCUCUGUGUCCUUACGAACAAGAAGGGAACGGCGUUACAGCGACAACAACAGCCGGAGCGUGUUACUUCCCAGUUGCAAGAAUGCCUGUUCGUCUGUACAGAAUUCUCGCCCUACCAUCCGCUGGGAUUGAAGCAUAAAGCUGGACUCCUCAGCCGCUGUGGACACAGUUGAAUUCAGUGAGGAGAACUUCACGUCCAAACGUGCAAUAGAAUGCUAGAGUGAAGGCUUGGUGAAGGCCUCUCUACACCACGCCAAUCAAGGAAGAAGAGCAAGGCAGAUGUUAGACCACCAGAGGAUUCUUCACGGCAGAACUCUCUGGGAUCUCUGCAAACAUCACCCUCCCUGCCGGACACACCGCCUACCCCAACCGAGGCUUCCCCUAGAUCUUCCAGCAGGACAAAUGAGGCAGGCCACCCACCAGUCGUCUCUUCCUCCUCGUCCUCCUCCUCCUCGCCUAAAAUGGCCCGGUCGGCCAGUCAGGCACGUGCAACCAGGGUCACCCGUGGGUCAAACUCUGAGGAUUCUACCAUGGAGGACUUCUGGAGGGAGGUGGAACACAUUGAGGGGUGUCAGAACCAGGAGGCCAUUGUCAUCGUGAGGACGCCAGAAGAGGGCGAGCUGGAAGCCGAGUGGCUCCACGCCGCGGGUCUCACCGUCCUGGUCUCCGAAGUCUCGGGCAGCCCGGCCCCGAGCUGCCGAACGAGCGGCCAGUCCACACCGUCGCCUUCCUCACCAGCGCCGUGCGCGAACGAGGGUGGCGACGCGGACGGGCGCACGCUCUACUCCACGCUCACGCGGGCGCAGGCGGCGGCCGUGGCGCGCCGCCUCGACACGUACACGCAGACCGUGCGGCGGCGCCGGCACCGGCCCUCGGCACGCGACGUGCGAGACGUCUUCCCGGCGAGCGCUUGUGCCGAGCAGAGCCUUGACAAUGGAACUUCUCGGCCACCCGAGGGCAACCAGUCAACAGAGCAGCCAUCGGCAAACAGUACUCCUACAGCAGACAGCAAGACCACAGAGAAACAAAAUGGUGACCUCUCCUCGGAGCCGUGCACUCUGUCGGCUCAGGAAGCAGCCGAGGUCGCUGACCUCCAAUCAGAUGUGCCGUAUUCUGACCAGGCCGCCAGCGGCUGUCAGUCGUCAACCAGCGCAGAAGAGGGAAACGCCACAUCCGUAAGUGGCCGGCAACACUCGGCAGGAGCGCCGUGCUCUCAGCAUCCGUGCCUCGGAACGACGCGGCUGGAUGACCUCUCGGCUCAAGAUAUGAAAAAGAUUCGCUUCCUGGCUCUCAUCGAGCUCACGGCCCUCCUCGAUGCACUCACCAUUGACCUCAAGCGAUCCAAGGCCAUCAGGACAAAGGUUAAAGAAAACGGUCUCUUUGGAGUACCCCUUCCCGUGGUUCUGGAGCAGGACCAGAGGAAGUUCCCCGGCACGAGAGUACCCAUCUUUCUCCACAAGCUUCUGUGCCACUUGGAAGAAACAAGUCUGAAUGCUGAAGGAAUACUGAGGGUCCCUGGUUCAGCGGCUCGCAUUAAGGAGCUGCGGCGCGAGCUCGAGGAGUGGAGCCCGGAGAGCGGGCGGCUCGACUGGGGGUCUCUGCGGCCCCAUGACGCGGCCGCCCUGCUCAAGCUGUACGUGCGAGAGCUGCCCUCGCCCCUCCUCACCGAGCAGCACCAGCCGGCCUUCGCCUGCGUGCAGAGCAUUACGCUGCUCAAACAUCAACUCCAAGCUCUGAACCUGUUGGUGUUGCUACUGCCAGACGCAAACCGCGAUACGCUCAAGGCCCUUCUGGAGUUCCUGAGGCGAGUGUGCGAGAACGAGCGAGAAAACCGAAUGAGCCUGCGCAACGUGGCCAUGGUGAUGGCACCAAAUCUGUUCCUGCCGCGGGGGCAUCAGAGAGGGGGGCAGCCCUCGGACCAGCGGCACGUGAUGCAGGCCGGCGCCGGCAUCGUGGGCGUCACGAGGCUCCUCAUCAAGCACCAGGACCUGCUGUGGACCGUGCCUGCGUUCCUGUUGCGGCAAAUUCGCGAUGUGUACGAAGCCCAGAAACGAAAGCCGGUGCGGGAGAAGAGCAUGAGGAAGCUGCUGAAGAAGGGGAGCAGUGAAAAGGAGAGGCAGCCACAAGACCGUCAACCUCGAGAGACAAUCCACUCGGAGGUGCCCGAGGGCAUCAUCCGCGUUCAGGCACCGCGGUUGCUCAAGGUCUCCAUGGCGAUACAACUGACCGAGCAGAUUACUGCGGGUGACAUAGUGGAACGCUUCCAAAGCAACCUGUCACAUGCCAGUAAUGGAGCCCGGCAAGAGUCGGACAUAGAAGAGCAUCGUCUGUACGAAGUUGGUGGAAACAUAGGCGAGCGCCGUUUGGACAACCAGACCUGCAUGCUGGCGCUGUACCGUGUGAACCCGCAUGCCGAGUGGGUCAUCAAGCCGCGGGGGCUGCCCGCCGCGCCAAAUGCCGUCUGUUGACCAGGCGGCCGCUCGUUUAUCUUGGACUGCUCAUGGGGGCCUCGCGCCUCAGGCGAUCGCUCAGGAGGCACGGGGAGGGUCACGGAGGGCGCAGGCGCUGCUACGCACAACUUGCCGUGCUGAAGCAAACAUUGGCCCGCGAUGUGUAUAUAGUAAAAAAAUACAGACACUCGUGAACAUGUUCCUGUUUUUUGCUAAGUGCUGGGGUAAAGUUGUACGUUUUUCAACAGCAUUGACAAAGAUCAACGGUGAUUUAUGCAUUUUUUAAAUGUUUUUUUUUAAGCACUGCAAGGGAAGAACACUACAAGUUACUACGACAAUCACUAUUAUUUAAAUGUAGUUUAACUCUAAAUUUGUUGAUUUCAUUUGCUCUGUGACAAAGCAUUUGAACCUGCACAGCACUGACAGGUUCCACGUUUGAAGGAGUUACACUUCACCUCAUCAUGUGUUGGAACAAGCAGAAUGUUUUGGAAGUAAAUGACUGCAUAUAAAAUAUAAGGAUAGUGCACUUCAAGGCUUGCAGGUACUGGGACUUGGAAGAAAGAUGUUUUGAACGAAUGGGGAGUGCCAACCCUACACAUGGCCGGAAGAGAAAUGCUCCAAAGGAUGCAACCGAAAACAAAUCAUGAGCAGUGAUACCACUUCUGUACAUACACUAAGACGGAUAUCCAAGCUAUCAAGGAUACACAAAGACAAUGGACAUUUCCUGUUUUGAAUUGUACUCGCGUAGAAGUACAAUGAGCGUAUUACGAAGUGCAUGUCUUGCCAAAGGAUUUCUUUUAUAUGCAUCUAAGUAUUGUACCAAACCAGUAUGAUUAUUUUUUAAAGACUUUGCUGUGGAAGUAACUGAUAAAAAAGGAAAUCUAUUGAAGAUAACCACUGCCAGUUAACGCUGUUUGGGUUGACACUCAGUACCAAUGCAAUCGUGUUCCGUUAAUCAUUGUGGGAGGUGGUGCGGUCAUGCAAACGCUACCUUUUCUUGAAAUACGAUGGGAAUUAAGCACUCGACAUGUGAAGGAAAAAACACAUCGCAUCCAUACGCCGAUCAUAAGUGCUCCUCUGCAGUUGUGCACAGCUGUGCGUGGAAAAACUUCAUUUAGCAGUCCACUGCUGGAUGAAAGUUCCCGCCCCCCCACGGUAUUGGUAGUAGGGGGUUUUGGAGGUCGGGAGAGGGGGCGGAGGGUAUCGGCUCAGAUAUCGCUCAGCACUGAUGGUGGCCAGGGCUGGGAAUUGAACUCUGCUUUUUGUGUUCUUAGCGCAGUGUGCCAAGCACUGCAUCGCCUCCCCCCCCCCGCGCAUAGUAACGAAUGACUUGGUCUUAUGUGUGCCAAGGGCAUUGCAUUAAGACCCAUGCUAAUGUUCUUGGAAAAAUACCACCAGGAGCUGGCUUCAAUUUGAAGAGUGCACUACCAUUACAAGAGGUCUGGUUCAACAGGAACAGGCAAGUGGAGUUACAUUAUGAUGGUAUAUGCUGCAACACAACCACUAACUGACAAUGUGUUUCGAUUUAAAGCUUUCGUGACUGCAGGGAUUCAUCUUCUUGGUUCUUUCGGUAAAGUCACGUAG